CAACACCAUCCCGCCACGUCUUUUCCCCUCAAACGCUGGCGAACACCAUUAUUUUUGGCUUCUGGUUUGGCUUCAAGGUUGACUUCAAGGCCGACUCCGGAGGGUAGCCUGAGCUGCCAUUCAGCUUUCCACACGCCUUUUCCUCGUUCAGCACCAAGACUCGCAAAUUACAAGGCUUCGUCCGGCGCUCGGCCGAACCUGUAGGGCAGCAAGUCAACCACCUCACAGAAUCUGGACUGCAAGAUGGCGGGGCAACAAGGACUUCAGGAAUUCGAGCCGCCUGUGAAGAGGAGAAAGAUAAGGAAGGGCACAAAGUCGUGUUGGGAAUGUAGGAAACGGAAAAUCAAGUGCCAAUUCGAUGGCCCCGAGGACGCAGUGUGCGUCGGCUGCAAGCAGCGGGAUACGGCAUGUCGCAGCCAGGAGUUUGACGAUAGCUCUGGCAUUGCAGGAGGGCCGGGACAGAAGCCCGAUCCGCCACUUGUAAAGAGACUUGACCGCCUUGAACAAAUGAUGGAACGGAUCGUGGACAAGAUUGUGCCCGAUGAUGCGUAUGAUCAAGGACCUCACCCAAGCCACCGGCCGCAAAGCCCGCUGAGUCGGUCUGCAUCAGCUGGCGAGGGACAUAUUCGCGUGCGCCACACCUCGUCCCCGGACGGCAUCGAGGCUUCUCAUACCCGCGCCGGGCCUAUCGCUGCGCUGCUGGCUAUGCACCAUGACACUGGUGGGCCGUCGGAGUCCACGGCGCUUGCGGCGCCGAUCCUCACAUCCGCCGAGUCUGCCAGCUCGUCCUUUCCCGUCCCUGACACCGCAAAAGAUGAAGCCUCAGGCUCUGCGGCGCGCUCAGGACGGGAGUUCCCUUCGCCGAAGCACUUCUGGGUGUGUACCGCGCUGCAUUCCAUUAUGCCGAAGCCCAGCAUUCUGCAAGCGAUCGUUUCCGCCAGUCCGGGUGCUCCAUAUAUCGCGGCUCUCUGCUAUAGCGAAGCUGAGAGGCACGAGGGGAGAGUUGUGCCUGCGUCUUCGUGGGCUGUGGUAGCGCCAGUUUCUUCACACCCGCUUAUUCUUGCCAAGGGGGUACUUCAGAUUCUCAUCUGUGUCCAGCAGCUACCGCCAGCCUUCGACUUUGACUCACUCGGCCUGGGUCAUACCCAGACCGAGAUGAUCGACCGGUUGGACACGACUUGCCUUCUUGUCACCUCGAACGAUGGGCUGGUUGGGUACGCUGAGGGCGUCGAGUGCCUCAUCCUCCAAGGAUACUUCCAAGCCAAUGCCGGCAGUCUGCGCAAGGCUUGGAUGACAUUCCGAAGGGCCAUCAAUAUGGCGCAAAUCAUGGGUAUGGACCGCGGUCACUCUGCAGCCUUCCGGUCGUGCGAUCCCAAAAGCGACCCAGCACGGAGGCCGUCAGCCGCUUCAUUGUGGCACCGCCUCCUCUUCUCCGACAGAUACCUGUCCCUCCUGCUGGGUCUCCCCGUUUGUAGCCAAGAUUACGGAAGCGACUGCGAGGAAGAUGACCCUCGUGGAACUGCCAUCGAGCGAAUGGAGAGGGCGCACACGAUCUUUACGUCCAAGAUCCUGGAUCGUAAUUAUAUUCAACAACGUAAUAGACGUUGCGCCACACCGAAGACCACGCCACGCGAAUACGCACUUACUCAAGAGAUCGAUCUUGGCCUAGAAGCAGCCGCUAAGAGUAUGCCCUACGGGUGGUGGGAGGAACCCAAGCUUGAUCCUUUUGCUUCUCAGGAAGUUCUCUGGGAGGCUACCGCGAGAAUUAUCUGCCAAAUGCACCACUUCACCCUUCUGAUCCUGCUUCAUGUUCCCUAUAUGCUCCACGAGCCUUCCUCUUCACGGUACGACCAUUCCAAGAGCCAAUGCCUCACAGCCGCACGAGAGCUGCUCAGUCUCUUCAUCUCCUUCCGGAACCACAAUGUUUCGGCAUACAGUUGCCGAAGAGUGGAUUAUGCAGCUCUCAUAGCGGCCAUGACACUUUGCCUAUCGUACCUGGGCAGGAGAAAAGGGGAGACAUGGGACCGGAUCAGAAGCGACAUGGAGGUGGUAGAAUCGACAAGGAGGAGGAUGAAGCACGUAGCGGGGCUGACCAAGGACGGCCUGAGCAAGGAAGCCGUUGGCAUAAUCGAGCAGCUGGCCCCCAUCAUCGAAAAGGCCGCGGGGAAGCUGCCAGUGCGGGACAGGAAAGACAUGAACUUCAACGUGCCCUAUCUUGGCUCCGUCAAUAUCAAGCUGGCCACCAACAACCACCCCGCAACAAGCUGGCAAAAUCAUCAGCAACCCCCUGCGGCGGAUCCCGGCUCAGCACAUCCGCAGGGCCAACCCAAGACGACAGGCUUUGGCUCGCUUGACCCGGCCUUUCUCUUCGACGAAGACUUCCUCUCGCUUGCGCCGUAUGAUGACCUGGCGCCGUUUGGCUCUGGAACAAGUGUGAGCACCGAGCCUGAUCUUACCGCCAACGGAGGAGACUGGGCCCUUCAGGGUGUCGAUGCGGCGUACUGGUCGCUUUUCGAAGGCGUCUUUUGAAUUAUGUGUCGUGCAAUUGGGGCAAUAUGAUUCAAGAGUGCCGUUCUGAAGUAACGGCCCUGCAUUAUUUAUUCUACAUGUUGAAGAAGACUUCAUAUAGUCUGCACUGUGAGCUUUUUGAUCAAUCCAUGCAUGCUAGCUUG